UGCGGAGUGAUAGUGAUAGAUGCGGAGUGAUAGAUGCGGAGAGGAUGUACUGGACACAGGGGUGACAGCUGAUGACCUGUGCAGGACUCAUACCGAUUGCUGUGCAGCAGACUUGGCUCUCGGCUCCUGUACUGCCAGCCUGGCACUGGGCACGUUCAGAAGACAUGAAGAGUGCCCGUCACUAAGGGAAGAAUCAGCCCAGUGACACCGGACAAGUAAUGUGCUACUGACCAUCGCUACAGCAGCAUGAAGGUGAAUGGAGGAUUUGCACAGUAUAAUUUGAAGAAGAGCAUGAUGGGAAUUGAAGGAAUGACCAGUGAGAUCCUGGAGGGCAGAGAGAGCUUUUUAUGCCAGGUUGGGAAUUCUGCAACUUUUGGUGACCAUAUGAGCAGCUAUGAGGGUGCUGCCACUACGGAGUAUGUUGACAACAGGUCUGCACGGUUCCACACCUCUAUGUGCUUGAAUGGGAUGCACUCUACCAGCCGCAUCAAGCAGGAGGGUCUCUGUGACUUCUCACACCUCUCCUCGCCCUCUCGCCUGUCUGGCAUCUCAGAGCUAAGGGCGGCUCUCAUUUCUGACAACGUUCUGCCACAAAAUAGACUUAAAACCCGUCUGUCAUCAUACUUUUUAGACUCUGUGCACAGUACCUUUCCAGGCUCAGAGACAGGCAGCAGCAAUUCUCCAUCUCCUCGAUUCCAAUCUGCAGGGAGAAGUGGAUGCUCCCGUGAUAGCGUUGAAAUUGUGGGAAUUAUUCAUUCUUCAAACACUUCUAUGCCCUCCUAUAUGAACAAGGUUUGUGUAUCACCCACAAGGGUGCUCUUUAGUUCUGGAAGUGUCCCUAUCAGCAGCCCACCAAAAGCUUCACUGGCAGAAGGUCUUUGUGGGUCGCCAUCUUCUGCUUUGGGUAUCCUUUCUAGUUCUGAUGAGGGUGAACUAAAACCCCCAGAAAAAGUACACAUACCCUGCUCAGGGGUCACCGCCAACCUCCACCUCAACACCACCCAAAAUGACUGUAGUAAACUCAGCUUCUUAAAGCAAGAACCAGAGGAUAGCUAUCAGCAGGGGCUUCUAUCGCCCCUCCAUCUUCCCUCAGCAAUGUCCCCUAAGGCACUAACCAAUGAACAGGAUAAGCUUGGAGCAGAAGGGAUACAACUGUGUCGUUGGAUAGACUGUAGUGCAUUGUAUGAACAGCAGGAGGAACUGGUGAGACACAUUGAAAAGACACAUAUUGACCAGCGUACAGGAGAAGAUUUCACAUGCUUUUGGGCUGGCUGUGUAAGACGAUUUAAGCCUUUCAAUGCUCGUUACAAGUUGCUCAUUCACAUGAGAGUUCACUCUGGGGAGAAGCCAAACAAGUGCAUGUUUGAAGGCUGCAGCAAGGCAUUUUCAAGGCUGGAGAACCUGAAGAUUCACCUGCGAAGUCACACAGGAGAACGUCCUUACCUGUGUCAGCACCCCGGCUGCCAAAAAGCGUUCAGUAACUCCAGUGACAGAGCAAAGCAUCAGAGGACUCAUCAGGACACAAAACCAUACGCCUGUCAAAUUCCUGGUUGCUGCAAGCGAUACACAGAUCCCAGCUCAUUGCGGAAACAUGUGAAAGCCCACACAGUGAAGGAGCAGCAGGUGCGCAAUAAGGCACAACACAUUCUGGAUGGCAAGUGGGCAAAAACCAUCACCCAAGAAAUUCUGAAUGGUGCUCGGCCACGUGACAUGGUGGCAGGUCUGUAUAACGUGUCUUCCAAUAAUCACAACAUAGUGAGCCCAGGAAUAAUAACUCCAGUUUCGUUGCGAUGUCCUGAUAUAGAGGUCCCUUCUAGCUGCCUGAUGUCAGUCACAGAAAGAGCCCUAGAGAGAUGUCUUCAGGAUGGUCAUGGACCUUUUUUUAACGUGUCUUCCAAUAAUCACAACAUAGUGAGCCCAGGAAUAAUAACUCCAGUUUCGUUGCGAUGUCCUGAUAUAGAGGUCCCUUCUAGCUGCCUGAUGUCAGUCACAGAAAGAGCUCUAGAGAGGAUAUCCUCCCCCACUCUUGCAAAUUUUUCAGCUCCAUUGAAACCUGCGGUGUCCUCUCCAAUGCUGCACAAGGGAUCCUCUCCGAGCUGCCACCAGAAAUCCCCCAACACAGAGCAUUGUCUGACCGGGAAACCUUACUCCACGUUUCAGAGUCCUACAGCCACCCAUGUGCAAGAAUUUCAGGGCAAUUUUGUGCAAUACCCGGAGUGCUAUCGAGAGAUCCAGUGUCUGAGCAGAGAGUCACUUGACCCAAACCAAUAUCAAGUUUCUAGUGGACAAUCUUCAGGGUAUGAAUUACACAGCGGUAAUGCGGGUGCUCAGUGUGUAUCGGAAGACAUCAGAUCAAUCUGCUCACCAGACAGAGACUUCUUUCCUCAUGCUGCCUUUGACCACUGCCUUCCUCAGAUACCGUCCAUUUAUACUGGCACUUAGGACUUGCUCUGCCAAAACUAAAAGGGCAGCUGCACCAAUAAACGUUUUUCUCAUUUUCAGUGGACAGUGGUGGAAAGCCAAAGGCAUGUGUAUUUCGGAAGCUCCAAUGAGAUUGUGCGGUACUCAUCUCUGUCUACAUCUCCUUCCACAAGACAUUAAUGAAAGAGUCACUUUCUCAUAGCUAGACUUGGAAUUUAUUUAUUCUAUAUUAUUCUGAAUUUGUUGGUGGAGUGUGACCAGUGAUGGACUGGCCAUUGGGACUACAGAGGGUUUCCCGGUGGGCCGAUGGCUCAAUGGGCCGGCUUCAGGGAUAGCGGACUGCCCCCCUCUGCUCCUCUGUCUCUCCCUUCCCACAGCGCUCACCCCUCAGCGCUCACCUGGGG